AUGAAGCCCGGAGGCGGUGGCCCCCCGGCGGCCCCGGAGUCCGAGCCGGCCGGCGUGCCCCUGGUUCUGCCGCGGCCCUGGGGCUGUCCCGCUGACGUGCGGCUCUGCGGCCACCUGCGGAAGCAGAAGUCCCAGCGCCGCCGCUUCUUCGUGCUCCGCGCCGACCCGCCGCGCCUCGAGUGCUACGAGAGCGAGAAGAAGUUCCGCGCCGGCCGAGCGCCGCCCAAGCUCACCGUGAGCCUGGCGGGUGCGUGCACCAUCAGCAAGCGCGUGGACGCGCGCCAGCGCCACCUGAUCGUCCUGUACACGCGCGACCGCAGCCUGGGCGUGGCGGCGGCCUGCGAGGCGGAGCAGCAGGCGUGGUACAGCGCCCUGCUCGAGGCGCGCGCGGCCGCCGGUGAGGCCCGAGCCCCGGGUCCCAGCUUCCACGAGGACCCCGGCGCCUGGAUUCUCGCUCCAUUGCAGGACGUCUGGCCCGUGACACUGCGGCCCAAGGGAUUGGGGCGAACACGAGGCCUGGGCAGCGGCGGCUACCGCCUGUGCCUGGGUUCGGGGGUGCUGAGCCUGCUGCGGAAGCCCAAGGGCACAGGCUCUGGGGACACCCAGGCUUCGCCGCCGCCCGCCCUGCGCCUGUCCCUGCUCAGUGUGCGCCGCUGCGGCCACGCAGACUCUUUCUUCUUCCUGGAGCUCGGCCGCUCGGCGCCCACGGGUCCCGGGGAGCUGUGGCUACAGGCGCCCGACGCCGAGGUGGCCCAAAGCAUUCACGAGACCGUACUGGCCGCCAUGAAGCGACUCGGGGAUGGCGGUGCCGGUGGCAAGGCUAAGCCACUGCCAAGGGAUCCCCCGCCAAGCGCUUACAGAGCCUCCGCCUCCCAACCUUAUGCAACCCUGGCCUCGGCAGCCCAGUCAAGCGGCCAGAGCCAUUGCAGGGGCCUGGCGGAGAGAAGGGGGAAAGCAGCCCUCCGGAUGCGGGCGACCGCAGCCUCGCAGCCCGAGGGCUUGGAGCGGGGAGGGGGCUACGUAGCCAUGGGAGCCCGGAGCGACUACGAGCCCAUGGGGGGUGGCGAAGCAGGUGGCUACAUGGUGAUGGCACCCCCUCGCCUUGCGGCCUCUGCCCCCGCAGCUCCCCACUACCCGCUCCAAGGUUGCGGGGGCACCGAAUACGUGCCCAUGAGCCGCUUUCCGCCAGGGUCCUUGUCCUCGAGCUCCCUG